GGCAAGUUCAUCGCGAGAUCGUCAAACCCCAUUGAACGAGAUGGUUUCGCAUUCAGCAACAUGACCCGCUUCAUGGCCGUCGGGUGGUCAUGCUUGGCUUUCUUCAAGUUCUUCCCAAGCCCCCGCGUCACCAAGUCCUUCUCCAACAGAUCGUACAAAAACACGCGGAUCCGGUGCAGCGCAGAACAGGCCAAAAACAGUUCCCCAACACACCCUGAGCGGAUCCCCAACAAGCCUGUGUGCACCUGGAAGUUGAGGAGAACCACCUCCCUUCGUCUCAACUCCAUACGCGAUUCCAGCGCCAGGUGCAAGAACCUGCGUUUCAACGCUGGCGACAUCACACACUGAGCGUUGAUGGCCGUUUCGGUGGCCAUUUCCAGCGCUGCGUCGCGACGUUCGAUGAGUAGAUACGCGAGGCCACUACGUUGCUGUUCGGGAAAUGUGUACCUGAACAUGGUCCAAUAGUCGUCGAGUCUGGCUGGGGCGUUUACAGGUACAAUCCAUAAUCCUUCCGUCAAACGCUCUACCAACACAGAGUCCGUAUCCUCGUCGAUCACCGUGUCGUUAUCGUCUUCCUCCACGCCGUAUCCGUACUUUAAGUCAAGUGCGAUGGGAGGGGGGUCCUUCAAUUUACGCUCGCACAUGUCCUUGAACCAUUGGAUUGUAGAGUGGAUGGAUUCCAUGUUGUGUUCGACACCAAUGGGCCUAUAGAAGAAUUGUGUGGGCCCUCUCUUUAUAUAGUCUUUUUUGCCUUUCUCAUGUCAGGAGCCUGCCUCUUUUCACCCAGUGAAUGGGUGACCAUUAUUGGCGGCUCCCUCACGCUGGCUCUUUUCCUCGCCUCAGAAGUCCUCGCUUUCUCGAACUGUACAGAAGCCAAUUCAGUGGUGCACGCCAUAGCCAUGGUUUCAGCAACCUUGUUCAAGAAACGAAUGAACAUUGGAACAACGGACGCCACCACCACCACCACGACUUGAUUGUCUUAUAGUUGGUUUAUUUACGUUACACAUUUAAGCCUCGACAUCUUGGAUCUUUCUACGUAGACAUGUCAGUCAAUACCAAGUUAAUGUUGUACUACACAAACACAAAUAAAAACUUACACAACAUGAUCACUUCGAGAUCAUCGUAUUCACGUUCAUUGAACUCAAUUUCCUUCACGUUGGAUUUAUCGACGGUGACUUUGCGCACACCCAACGCCAAUCCGUACGACUUUUUCUCUGGGUUGAUGUACGCCUUGACGGAACAAACAAUCUCACAACUGUACCCCUUCUGUAGAUUGGUCUCUUGUUUGGAGGCGGUCUUUGGGGUGAAUUUCGGCGUGAUGUCGGCGUAGUAGGCGCCGCUCUUUUUGUUGACUCCAAGAGAAAAGUCCACACGUCCGUUCCACGUCGGAUGUUUGGGUUCCCAUUCUUCUUCGCCUUGCGCAAGUUGAGGCAACGCCCCCAACAUGUCGACCAAGGAUUCCAACACAUCGGAAUCGUCCAUGACAAUACUGAUGACAUGAUUUUCGGACUUGCCGUUCUUGAAGAUCUUUAUGCCGCUGGCAGCCAAGUGCCCUUGACAUUCGAGAACCAGUUGUUUACCAUUGUAAACAAACGGUGUGUACACAGUCUUGUCGCUGGCAUCGUCGAUGGCAAACUUGGCGACUCCAAUUUGUUUGUCAGCCAACAACAAUCCGAGAAUGGUGGGUGUGGUCAUGGUCCGUUAAUUGAAUGUUUCCAAUGAGUAUAAAAGGCGUACGGUAUGUUUGAGCGGCCGUAGCGGAUGGGAACGCCGGACCCGCCCUUUUUAUAACCAUUCGGCCGCCAUGAAGUGUCGUUGGUGCCUAUGCCGUGACGCCACGUACCCCGCCCCCAUUCGCGCCUAUUACGAUCGCCGCAUUGGUCCAAAACAUCCUAUUCCACCUGUCAGAUGGGCCUCUUUUCGUGAUAAAAACAUGCCAAGUUCGGGCGUUCCCUCUGUUCCCACAACUGUGCUCACCGUCACAUCCUCUUCUAAAGAAAAGAAAAAACGUUUCACAUGGAUUCGUAUGCCUGUGGUCAUCCCACCUCGAACGACUUCGCGCAAAUGGCCCAACCAGGCCCUAGCCCACACAACUUCUCCACAACGCCAACCAGCACCUACCACCAGCCCUCUGCCACGACGCAGGCUUUCCACGGUACUGGUGGACACGCUCCGCCGGCGUACGGAACGUCUGCGCAACCUCUUCAGACGCCCGUCGACCACGGGCGACAGUCUGUACAACGGAUGUUUCCGUACCAACGCCCGAGACCCGCCGCGCCCGCAGACCCGAAACGAGAUUUGUUCGCGGUGUCUCAACGUGUGGAGCUACGCUGUUUCCGCCACACCGACUCUUCCCGCUUACCGUACAGAACCGGUAACUCCGUUGGAUGGACCCUUUCCCUGCGAACAGAUUAUAAGCUUGUACUCCCCGGCCGCGCGACCGUUGACGUCCCAUUGGGAUUCGCUAUCCAGAUUCCAAAGGGAUUUCUUGGACGCAUCUGUGGACGACCCUAUCCUUUUGCGGUACCUGGACUAAUCGUCCGUGACAUCUUGCUGGAUUCAGAAAGUUUUUUUGAUGUUACCGUGUCCGUGGUAAACAACACUGACACUGUCAUCACGUUGCCCCCGGGGACAGGGCUGUGUAACUUGUUUAUGGCACGUUGUACCGACACCGUGGACCUGGUUGACGUUCCAGUGUCUAACGUGAGCGCCACAUAGCCGCUCCACACAUUCGGACAACCUCAGGCUAGUUUUCGGACAAAAGUUUAGAGUUAGGUUGUGUAACGUUCAUUGAAUAUAUAAAAUAGGCUGUACCUACUAGUUAUCCUGCCAAGA